AUGUCACAAACCAUAGGACGGAACCUACGAUACGGUGCAGUUGGGACAUUCAUCGGCGUCACAAUCUACAAAAGAAUCGAUGCGAAAUCAAUCCUCGCGCACCACUCGACGUUUGCCCACACCAGCCAGUUUGGUCUUGUGAACGGGUUCCUUGUGCUGUUGUUCCUCCUCGGCCAGUUCACGAAAUGGCUCAUCUUCGGUAAGCUCAACCCUGCCGAAAUCCGAAACUUGAAAGACCACAUGUAUUUCACUAUAUGGGAGUUUGUGCUCGGGUUGCUCAUUGUCCAUCGAAUAGGUACCUCGAGGCAUGGUGUGGAUGGGGGUGACAACUACAUGACCUCGGUGACCUACUCACUCAAAUACGGAGGGCUCUUUUUGUGCGUUUUAUUGCUCAAGUCUUUUCAUUUGUUGUGUGUGGACCGGGUGAACACCAUCUUUGCAAACCACGAUAGAUCCGUUGAAUCCAGCUGGUUUGGACUUCGGGCAUCCUUCCAGCAGAGGAAGUACACGCUCACACACUUGCGCUUCUCCUUGGGGAUCGUUCUCUUGAACUUUAUCGAUUUGGUGUUGAUUCGCAGGUUCAAGAACGAGGUGUAUCACUACAAAAACUACAACUUGUUGCUUGUCAUCUUUGGCUUCGAAAUCAUCAAUCUCUACCCCUUGAUCAUCUUUACCAGUAUGAAGUACUUCUUGAACUACCGCGAGUACUGUCAGAGUCUGGGGUCGGACGAGGAGCCCCUGGGCUCCCACAAACAGCAGUUGCUCAAUGCCCUGGAGUUUUUGGUCAAUGCCGUCAGAUUUAUCAACUACUGCAUCUUCUCGAUCAUCUUUGUGCACCUAUUCACCGUCCCGCUUCACGUCUUGCCCUCCUCAUACAAAUGCUUCCGUAUUGCCGUCAACCGCACCCGUGUGUUGAUCGAGUACAAGAAAGCCAGCUUGCGGUUGCUGAAAAUGGCAAGGCACUUUACCACACCCGGCAUCGAGGGCUUACAGCUGUGUGACUGGAGAUGUACAAUCUGCUACGGAGAUCUAGUUUCGGCGUCGGGCCGGUGUCGAGUAGAGUCGGGUGAUGUUUCAGCCUUGAAUGAAAGCUUGACGGGCCUUAUCUGCGGGCACGCGUUCCACUCAGAGUGUAUCAAAAGCUGGCUAGUUUGCUCCACAACGUGUCCUAUCUGCAGAAGGGGAAUAGCGGAGAAAUAG